ACGGCCUGACAGCAACUCGAUGCGCACCAAGUUGCCGAUUGCCUUGUUCAUUUCUCAGGCCCAGCUUUUCAAGAGCUUAUCGAUAGUGGACAAGUCGAGCGAUGAUGGUGUGACGCAGGUGGCCUGCAUAGAUCUCAAAAGUUUCCGGCCGCCAAAAUUCUCGAGCGCGGCGCAACGCACUUUACAUCUCACAGCAGCACCAAUUGUCCAAUUGCGCCCAACAUGCCGAAGCGCAAGAACCAGGCACCUGCCAAUGGCAAAUCGAAGAAGAGAGCCAUCUCUGAAGCGGAGGCGCACAAGAACUUCGACGAGGGCUUGUUCGAGAGCAAGAGGCUCGCCGGCUAUACAGAAUACUACGCCGGAUCGCAACCGUAUAAGCAUGCCGUUAUCAACAGGCUCGUCGACGAUUCGCUACUUCGCAAAGUGCGCGAGGAAAUCCGCGAACACAUUUCCUUCACGCCCAAGGAAACCGACAUCUACAAAAUCCACCAGUCCGGCGACCUAGCAAACCUCGAUGGCCUCGACGACUCGGCGCUCAAGCGCCUGCCUUCCCUGCUCACCCUCCGCGAUUCGCUGUACUCGUCCGCCUUCCGCAAAUACCUAUCCUCGAUCACAGGCUCUGGGCCGCUGAGUGGAAAGAAGACAGACAUGGCAGUCAACGUAUACACACCGGGGUGCCAUUUGUUGUGCCACGACGACGUCAUUGGCAGUCGUCGAGUCAGCUGGAUCCUGUACCUGCUCGACCCAGACAAGGCGUGGAAGCCCGAGUAUGGAGGUGCGCUGCGACUGUAUCCUACCGAGCAUAAGAAGACUGAAGACGGCUCUGAGGUCAAGGUCCCAUCGCCCGAGUUCUCGCUCGUGAUCCCUCCUGCCUGGAACCAGCUGUCUUUCUUCACCGUCCAGCCGGGAGAGAGCUUCCACGAUGUCGAGGAGGUCUACAGGAGGGGCGCGGAGGAAAAUCAAGAGGAUGACGGCGGCCGGGUGCGCAUGGCCAUCAGCGGCUGGUUCCAUAUUCCACAAGAAGGCGAAGAGGGGUACGAGGAGGGCUUGGAGGAGAAGCUUGCUGAGAAGAGCUCGCUUGCCCAAUUGCAAGGCGGCAAGGCAGAUGUCUUCGACGAACCCCAAUCGCAUUGGGUCGAAAACCCAGACUGGGAAGAGCAGGCCAAGCAGGACGAUGACGAUGUAGAGCUCACAGAAGCUGAGAUUGACUUCCUCAUCAAGUACAUGAACCCCAACUACCUCACACCAGAUACUGUGGAGCAGGUCUCUGAGAUGUUUCAGGACGAUUCUUCGUUACGACUUGCCGGUUUCCUAUCAGCCAAAUUCUCUGCGCGCCUGCGGAAAUAUCUCGAGUCGAAAGAUCACGAGGCCGAGCCUAAUCUGCCGUCCAACCCCCACAACAAGCACGCAAAGAUUGGCAUCGCGCGUCCACCACACAAGCAGCGCUACCUAUAUCGCCAGGCUAUCCAGCCUAUCCCAGAAAAGGGCUACCCCGAGAAUAGCGGCAUGACACCCUACGAUGAGCUCGUCGACAACCUUUUCCCGCACCCAGCAUUCACAAAGUGGAUCUCGCUCGUGACUGGUGCCACGCUCACAAAGAGCAACAUCAUUGCGCGCCGCUUCCGCCGUGGUCUCGACUACACACUCGCCACAGCCUACGAAGAGGAAGAGCCCCAACUCGAAGUCACCCUCGGCAUCACACCAUCCAAGGGCUGGGGUGACGCUGACGAGAAUGAAGAAGACGAAACGGAGGAAGUGCCCAAAGAGAACGGCAGCUCAAGCAAGGGCAAGAGCAAGGGCAAGAGCAAGAGCAAAGCUAAGACAAACGGCAGAUCCGAGCCCAAGAAGAAAGACGAAGAAGAAGAAGUCGGCGGGUACGAAAUGUACAUGGCCGGCGAAGACGAGGAAGACGCGCCGUCUGGCGAGCCGUCGACUAGCACUGGCGCGGGCCAGAGACGCAAAGCUAAGGCUGAUCCUGCGAUCUACAAGAGUGCAGGUGACGACGAGGAUGAUGGUAUCCUUUUCAGUCAGCCGGCUGCGUGGAAUAACUUGGCAAUUGUGCUGAGGGAUAAGGGUGUGUUAAGGUUUACGAAGUACGUCAGUAAGAGCGCGAAGGGCGAUCGGUGGGAUGUUUGUGCGGAAUAUGGGGUUGAGUUUGGGGAUGAUGAUGAGGAAGAAGACGAGGAGUAGACGAAAGUUAGAUAAGACUAUCAGAACAAAUGCGCAUGUCAGCCUGGUUUCCGUCCAGUGGUUCAGAUCGUGGCCGAGGCGUAAUUGCACAAUCCACAGGAGAUACCCGAAGCGUUGCAAGACUGGGUCACGUGGGAGACAUUUACUCUGAUUAGCCGGUAUGUGACCUAUGAGGGGUGUUGUAUCGAGUGUCUUUCAUUCAUUGCACUUAGAUCAAAGUAACUAUUAGACUUGAAGCUUG